AGGGUGCUCUCUCUCUCUCCAAAAUUCCAAGGCGCUGCAGCAGCAGACAGCAGGUUUGAGAGAGAGAGAAGAAAAAAAAAACGGACACCGAAACUGUCCGAGACGCGACACCAACCGGCUUUUCUCUCUCCCCUUCCACCGCCACCGCCAACCCCUUCUAGAAUCUUCUGGAAUCCAGUCGGUGGCGGAGGGCGGAGGCUUCUGGAAGGCAGCGCGGGGAUCUCGGCGGCGCCGGAGGCGUCCAUGGCGAGGCCGUGAAGCCCUCGCUCGCCCGGAGGCCACGCGACGCGCGGGUUAGGAGGAGGAGGAGGGAUCCGGGUGGGUGGGGUGGGGGGGACGAGAUCCCGCGAGAUGCAGAUCCGAGAGGGGGGCCCGCGGCGCGGGGCGGCGUCGGCGGCGAGGUCGCCGAUGUCCGCCAUGAUGCUCGCCAUGUUCGCCACCAUGGCCUCCUUCUACGUCGCCGGCCGUCUGUGGCAGGAUGCGCAGAGUAGGGUUUACCUGAUUAAAGAGCUCGACAGGCGAACCGGCCAGGGCCAUUCGACGAUAUCGGUGGAUGAUACCUUGAAGGUUGUCGCAUGCAGGCAGCAAGGAAAGAGGCUGGCCUCACUUGAGAUGGAGCUGGCUGCAGCAAAGCAUGAAGGUUUCGUGGGGAAAUAUACCUAUGAGACAAAUGGAACUAACUCUAGAAAGAGGCCACUGAUUGUUAUUGGAAUAAUGACAAGCUUUGGGAGGAAAAACUACCGUGAUGCUGUCAGGAAGUCAUGGCUUCCGACAGGUUCAAUGCUGAAGAAACUAGAAGAAGAAAAAGGCAUUGUAGUGCGCUUCAUAGUUGGAAGAAGUGUGAACCGAGGAGAUGCUUCAGACAGGGAGAUUGAUGAAGAAAAUAGAAGUACAAAAGAUUUCAUGAUCUUGGAUGAUCAUACAGAGUCUGAAGAGGAGAGUCCUAAAAAGACAAAAAGUUUCUUUGCUAAUGCUGCAGAGUCAUUUGAUGCUGAAUUCUAUGCUAAGGUCAAUGAUGAUAUAUACAUAAAUGUUGACACUUUGAGUGCAAUGCUCAAAGAACACUGGGACAAGCCUCGUGUCUACAUUGGCUGUAUGAAAUCCGGCGAGGUCUUCUCUGAAUCAACUCAUAAGUGGUAUGAACCAGAAUGGUGGAAAUUUGGUGAUGGGAAAACGUACUUCCGCCAUGCUUCUGGUGAAAUGUUUGUCAUCUCAAAGGCUGUAGCUCAAUUCAUCUCUAUAAACAGGUCUGUUCUCCGGACAUAUGCACAUGAUGAUGUUAGUGUAGGAUCAUGGUUAAUUGGUCUUGCUGUGAAGCAUGUAAAUGAAGCAAAACUAUGUUGUUCAUCCUGGCCCUCAGGAGCUUUGUGUUCAGCUCUGUGACAAGCAACACUUUCGAGGGGAAGAAUUUUGUGAAAAUUAUGUUAGGAUCGAGAUUAUACGGAAUGAAGCAUACCAUCUGCAGACAAUGAGAUCAAAACUGGCGUUUUGAAGAUUUUGUUUUCUUCUGCCGUUUUCUGUGGCUCCCGUUGAUCAAGCAGCACUAGUUCAAACUGAGCCAUAUAUAUCUUCUUUUUGCGAAGGAAAAUCUUGUACUUUUUUUCCUGCAAGACCACACUGCUAAAAUCAGGGAUCCUAACUAAAUUCCAUCUGCAGAUUGUAUCUUGAUUUUGCCUGUCGCUUGUAGAUGUCCACCCUUACCAUUCUUUUACUGAUAGACACCAUUGUUGGAGUGACAAAAUCUAAUAGCAAAUCAGGAAAUUAUUUUACUCCAUCAGAUUACAUCUCAAGUCUUAUCUGUCA